AUGGAUCUCUCUCCUCUAAAUGCUUCCUUUAGCGCUCCUGGCAUCGUUGCUUCCCGGGCAGUCGAUCCAGACAAGGCCAUUCGCGUUCCGCGCUUUUUUUCUUAUCCCAAACAAGUCUUGUAUCUGGUUGCUAGCUUCAUAGCCCUCGUCUCGCUUUCCCACUUCAUCUCUUUGGCCUAUCGGUAUGCCAUUAGGAACAGGGUGUACUCGAGUCCUCGGCGGCCUUCUCCCUUUCGUCGUUUCCCAAUAGCUGUCAUUGAUUCUUUGAGGGCGAUUGCAUUUCGAUGGACAGUUCCGAUCGGUGCUUCGUACACUCUCAAUCUGGCUGAGGUAGGGAUGACCCUGGGAUACACUGGAGUACUUUUGUCGUGGACGUUUGUGAAUACGACAACAACUUUGGGUGUCAAAGUCGAACCACACUACUACGCCAAUAGGGCGGCUACUAUAGCCGCGUCUCAGCUUCCGAUCAUGACCGCCCUUGGAAUGCGGAACAAUAUCAUUUCUUGGCUGACCGGUAUAAGUUUCGACAAGUUGAAUUAUUUGCAUCGCCUUUCCGCUAGAGUUAUAUGCAUCUUGGUGUGGAUACAUGCAGGAGGGAGAAUCACAAUUGGCCUUCUGGAUGAUGAAGCGAUUGUAAACCGCUGGGUACAAUGUGGAGUCCUAGCUGGGACUACUCUCACCUUAUUGUGCAUUCUCACGCUCCGCCCAGUUCGCGAAAGGAAUUAUGAGCUCUUUCUCAUUAUCCACUUCAUUUUUGUAUUUAUGUUCCUCCUCGCUAUCUAUUUUCAUCUCACAGGUCGAGUUUUGACCUACUACGGAGCAUGGCCAUCGAUGAUUAUCUGGGGUCUGGACCGCUUCCUGCGUCUUGUCAACCUUACGGUAUUCAAUUUUGGAUAUCUCAAUCCAUGGUCCAAAACAUCCAGAGAUUUGGACGCGUCUGUUGAAGUUCUCUCGCCCCGCUUCUUAAAAGUGACAGUCUACCGUUCAAAACAUUUCCACUGGCGCCCAGGGCAAAGCGCAUAUUUGACGUUCCCGUCGAUUUCUACUUUUCCAUUCCAGUCUCAUCCAUUCACGAUAUCAACGAUUGAAAGUGACGCAUCCGUGCCUCACCAAAAAUUGACAUUCUUUAUACGUGUUCGUGCUGGGUUCACAAAAACUCUGAUGCAAACAGCUUCGUCAGACUCGACGUAUAAAGUGUUUAUCAACGGGCCUUAUAGUUCCCCUCCUCUACUUAUGGGAUUUCAAAGCGUGAUUCUGAUUGCAGGUGGCUCUGGUAUCGCGUUUACACUUCCUCUUCUGUUGGACGUGCUCAGCCGAGCUAAGCGCAAUCAACAUGUGUGCCAAAAGGUGACAUUCAUAUGGGCGAUACGAGACACAGACCAGCUUAAGUGGAUUGAGGAAGAACUCCUAUCAUCAUUAGAGGACUUACCCGAGUCUAUAUCGAUUUCUUUGCAAUUCUUUAUCACUAGCGUCCUCGAAAACCCACAACAACAAAGCUGGCAGGCUGAAUCAACAUCAGAUGUAAAUGACCACCAUGUCGUUGAGGUUAAAACACCCUCCAGCUCUAGUUCACACUCUGGUUCAAAGAUAUUAGAUUUGUCCUGUUCCAAGCUAGAGCAUGGCCGGCCUGACCUUACCACCAUAAUUAAGGAUGAGAUUGCCAUUGGAACCGGACCAAUAUCUAUAAACGUCUGCGGCACAGACACCUUGUCGGAUACUGUUAGGAAGGCUAUUAGAAACCCAAGGCCCGCAGAUAUUCUCCGUGGGGGACCAAGUGUUACGCUCCAUGUUGAAGCUUUUGGAGGAUCACAGUGA